AUGGACAGCUGGACUCUCCAGCGGGACAGCUACUCCUUCCUGCGCAGUGCUCCCCAUCACGCCUUUUCCCUGUGCCAUCGUGACGGCUCCCCCAACCACGUGGAAAUCUUCGACAUCAUCAACGUCCCUAAUCAGCGCAGUGCCAUUUCCGAGACCACCUGCCUGUGUGACAUUUUUGGAGACGACUGUGAGUCGCCCUCCCUCUCAAGCAGCCCUGCUAUAGGGGCUUUUGUCCCUCUCCACGGGACAACUGCUGCAUCACCUCUGGUAGAUGAUCUGAACGACUCCUCAAGCUCUUACCACACUGCACCGGGCUCCAGUGAAGGAGAGGAGGGCUUUGAAGAUUCAAGAGAAAGGGUUUACAGCCCCCCGUUGCAGAGCGAGUCUUCAGAGAGGAGGCAGCUGGUGGCCGAGGGACUGACCUCAGGGCUUCCAAAAGUUUCUGAGGACAGAAGCCCACAUUUAGAACCAGAAAGUAAAUCACCAGUACCUCAGUUUAGUACAGCGAGCCCACCGUCAUCAGUCCUCAACACUGGUGAGAGCACCCCCUCUCCUGGACAUAAUAGCCCGUUUACACUCAGUACAGAGGGGAGCGCGUUAUCUUUGUCUUCUUCCUCAGUUGAAAAAAGAUUUUCACCAUCAUCACCUAGUCCUAGACAAGCUCACCAAGAAACAGAUCCACUAAGAACCACUCCAACUUACAAAGAUAGACUUGAGUCUCUAUCUCCAAGUCCCUCCCCUGAGCCUAGGAACUGUGUCAGCUCAUCCUCGUCUGAAUCAGUGAACACCCAGCUGUUACCUGAAUUCAGGAUUGCGCAAGGCUCUCCAGAGCCAAGGAGCAGCUGCUUUAUUCAACACAGCAGUCCCUCACCUGAGACCACAUCCAAAGAUUUUUCUCUAGAUUUUUCAGAAUCAGCAUUUGAUUCUGGAGCCGCACUUUUAUCAUCCAGUAUUACAGAGUUAUCAUCCCAGUCAAGAGACUCAUUGGCCUCUCCUGAGCUGAUCAAUAGGCCCUACUCCCUGGAUACGCAAGCAUCAUCUCCUUUUUCUGAGCUGAGUGGGAGAGUCUCCCUGCCUGAUCUCCUCAGCAGAGGCUCAACACCUGAUAACGAAGAUUAUACCCACACCCCUGAGCUGAUUUUAGAUUAUUCCAGUGCAGGAGGAGACGCUACGACUACUCCUGAGAGCAAAGAUACUGGGGUCAGUGCUGUAUCUACACCUGCCCCACGACACACCCCCCCCACACCUGUUAUUUCAAUAGCUACAUCUCCUGAACUUGUGCAGAAUAGUGGUUCACCUGAAUUGACACACAAAGCUCCCUCACCUGGCCUGCUCUGUGCUCCUUCUCCUGCUACGACUGGGACAAGAACUCCGUCUCCUGACCCCUCACAUAAAAUCAGACACAUUUCAACACCUCCUGAGAGCAGGACCCAGGUGACUUCACCUGUGGUAAGUUGUAGCUUAUCUCCAUCACCUAAAGUUACGAGUAGCUGCUCUCCCACAGACCACAUACGUACUGCUCCCUCACCUGCAAUUAGGAUUACAGCUUCUUCCCCUGAGGUCAGUAGAAGAGAGUGGUCUUCUGAAGUGGAAACAACACCUCCAUCUCCUUUCCUAGAUCCUCACUUUGACUGUGCCUCAUCAAGAAGCCUCACUUCGUCCCCUCACAUCACAGGGAUUUCUUACUCUGUAGUUCAGCCUGAGGACAGGGACUCUCCCCCAUUUCCCGAACUCUCUCGUCUCUCCACCCCAGAGCCUGAUAGGACACUUGUCUUCCCUGAAGCAAGGAUCCCUUCCCCAAGCAGAGACAGUGUACAGAGCAGUAGAGCAGAGUCCACCCGUUCACCAAGAAUUUCACCUCAUUUAUCGGGCUUCACAAGCUCUGUCCUGCAGCCUGACAUAACUCUGUCGCACCAACCCAGGUAUAAAACACCUUCACCUCUGCCUGAGCAUCACACUCCUUCACCUGAGCCAAGAUAUCCAACCCCUUUAUCUGACAAGUAUCAAAGUCCCUCGCCUCAGCACAAAACUAGAGAUACAUCACCUGUUGCCCCAUCUCCUGAGCAGAGGUAUCAUCAGCACUCACAAGCAACCCUCUCCACUGAGCACAACCCUCAUGGGACCCGGCCUACUCCUCCUCUAAGAAAUACACCUGAGGUUGAGGGGGAUUCCUCUUCAGUUGAUAUUACAGAAAAAGAGUACCCAACACAUUUGGCAAAAGAGAGUGUGUCACCUGCAUUUAAAGUAGUAGAAGUAACACCAAAGGUGGCAAACCCUCAGGAUAAUUCAAGUUUCCCAGAAGAAAAACAAAUCAUUGACCCCACCUUUAGUCAGAAAGAAGACACUUAUAACAAUCUCUCCAUUGAAGUAAAGUCUCCCUCUCCUAAUCGUCUAGUCUCCAAGGACAGGAGUCCAGGUAUUUCCCCUGUCUAUAGAGCUACAACCACCUCACCUGUGCAGAUACUCGAAACCGCAAAGCCUCAAUUAACUACAUACUCCCCAACCUCUGAAAGCAGCAGCUCAUUAAAAUCAGCCUGUACACCUGAACCUUCAACUAGCCAGCUGUCGCCCAAAGUUAGACGAGAAACCAGAGAGAGGAUAACAGAGGACAUGGCCCACCGUGUAAGCAGAAGGCGGACUCCCUCUCCGCCACUCACCAGGUUUACACCUGUUCACAUCAUAGCCCCUGAGAAACCAUACAGACCGUGGCAGAACAGAAGCCAUAGCCCCUCUCAGGUUGUAGCAUCCUCACCGAGUGGUAAUUUAAAGAAAGUGGUGACAAAUAGGGAAAGCCCCAAUGUUGCCUAUGUUGACAAUAAUAGCCAGGCCCAUUGGGUCAGGCAAGGAAGGCAAUUGGAGAUGGAGAGGGAAAUGCAGCUGGAGGAGGAAAGGGAGGUAAGUAGGCACAGGAAAAUGGAUAGGGAGAUGGAGAGAGAGAGAAAGAAGAGGGAGGAGCGGGUUCCUGAAAAGGGGAAGGGUGGGCAGUGGGACGCAAGUUACAGAAGGGAACAGGCUGAGCUGUCAUUCAAUGCCAGGAAUAGAAAAGGGUCUGCCAGUCGCAGUACAGCUCCCACAAGCAGAGAGACCCGUCAGGGACUGCCAACAGUGCAUUCCUACUCAGAGAGCGUGCUUGCCACCAGACAGCUACAGCAACAACAGAGUCUGCUUAGAUUUGCCUCCCAACAAGACAGCAGGGGUGGUGGUCUUAGCCGACGCCGUCAACCUCCCGCACCACACAACAAGAGCAGUGGUCCUGGACGUGUGGCCGUAAACAGGCCCUGCCGGAGUUCCAGCUCCAGCAUGGGAAGUGAGCUUGAUGAGGCAGACGAUGAGGUGAAAUGGUUCACAGACUCAGCUUUCCUCAGCCUGUCAAGCCCUGAGGUAGAUUACCUUGACAUGUACAACUCCAGCCAUCGUUCAUCGACCAACAAUUCUCAACCAUCGACACAGGAGAGCCCAGCUGGGGUCAGUGGCGCCUGGCCGGCCUAUGCUGACUUCAGGGGUUCUGCUCCCAGGCUGGACAAUGAUGAACUCCCCUUCCAGCAACCACUUGCAUGCCUAGAUCCAUCAAUGCGCCAUGAGAUGGACAGCUUUGAAUGCGUGGAUGUGGCCGUGGAAAGAGAGGACUACAGGAGGGUAAGAAGAGGAGUGCCAAAGAGACAGAUCCAGCUGAAGAGAAAGAGUAAUUGUGAAGGGAAGCAGGAUGAGAGCAGUGCAAAUAGUAGUCCGGGGUUACCAGGCAUGGUGGAAAGCCCCUCUCUAGAGAGUUAUUCAAGGGAGUCGUUCAUGAGACAACACAGUACACCAGCUGCAAUGCAAGAAUGCUACACUUCUGAACGCAGCCCUGAGCGCAAUCAACAAAAUGAAAGAAAACUCCAGAAAUCUGCUUCUCUGGAUGAAACAUGCACUAAAACCAAGAUGGCCACUUGUCUCAUCAAGAGUGUGUUGUGCAAGAAGAUGCAGGGUGAUGACAAACAACCUGAUGAGCAUGCAGGAGAAGAAGGGAGCCCCGCUUUUGAUGAAAACAGACGACCGCCAGAGAGCGCAGCGGCACCACUCAAAGAGUCCCCACAACCUGACUCACAUCAUCUUAAUUCCAGGCUUCAGUCAGAUCACAGUCUUUCAUCUGAGGGUCUCCCUGCAAGAGCAGAGCCAAGAACAAAGGAUGAAUCCAAACCACAAAAAAGCUUUAGAGUGAGAUCCAGUAACAGGCCAAGUUCAUCUAGCAGCAGCCGUAGUGUUAACUUUUCACUGAACGAGAGUGAGGUGGCCGAUUCUCAAAGCACGAAUGCAGCCUCAUUAAGAUCUGAAAUGAGAUCAGAAUUGAAAGUGCCGUCUGAUAGUAAACAGUCAACAACUGGAGUACAACGAGCUGAUGACAGUGAGACAUGGGACGGAAUCGAGGGUGGUGACUCAGCAAAUGCCACUGCCAGGAACUCAGGAGCUCCUUCUGCCACAGAAGCCAGCAGCAUGCAGGUCAGGAUGAUAAACAGAGACCAGGAAUGUGGAAGCACAGAGGACCACAAACAACUGCAACAAGAUGCCAAGGGCGCUUACAUGUCACAAACACCGGAGAUUACAGUCAGAGCCGUGGAGAAAAAGAAAGCUUCCUUAAAUGUCUGUCUCACACCUGAGGCAGAGAACAAACCUUGGGCUUCUUUUCCAGAUAUUAAGAAGGAACGGCUAGAGACCAGUGUAAAUGAGAAAACAGAGGAAGAAGAAGGAAAUGGGAAUAAUAAAGCUAAGGUCCCCAUUCACAAAGUUAGAGAUGUGAGGCGACUUGUAAAAAAUACAUAUAAUCUGUCCUUCAAGGCAACUAGUGCUGUAAUGCCAUCAAAUGUGGAAAAAGAAAGGAUGGACACUUCAAAUAGGGAUAGGAGGGAAGAAAUAAAAGAUGAAAGAAGGGAAGAGUUCACAGCACCGGAGGAGAGAGAGGUAAGGCAGGCGAUAAGGAGGGAGGAGGACUUCAGGGUGGAGAGGAAAGAGGAACAGAAAGAGGAGGUAAAAGAUUCAAAGAGGCUAACCUUAUCUCCAUCUCUUCAGAGCAAACCGAUGCAAAUACAAUACAAGGCUGUUUUCUGGAAAGAAGACAAAAAUAAAACGUCAUGCGCCAAGAAAGACUCGGAGAACCCAGGUGACAAACCCCAGGCUGCUCAAAAGCUCGUCACACAGGUAAGCAGACAAUCACACAACACAACCGGAGAUGCAGCAAUACCAAAGUCAUGUCAACAUGAUGUAAACAAGACAUUGGAAACACAAGAUACUAUGAUGGAAGUGCAUAAAGUGUCAGACAAUGAGAACAAACCUGUGGUGCUUAAGACCGACAGAAAACCUCCCAUGCUCGGCAGCCUCCCCAAACUGCCCAGUAAGGAAAGAGAGGUGUCCACUGCUGUAGUGUUAAUAAGAGAUGGAUCCAGUAAGACCAAGAUAUCUGCAUCUCCAGCCCAGAAAGAGAUUCCCACCCUACUCCAAGCCCCAGCUGCUUCACACUCACCUGGGCCCACUAGCCCCAGUGGUAACCAUGCUAGCGGGGGCCACUCAGUUUCAAUGCUAUUAAAGGAGAAAGGCUACCAAGCUGACAUUGGAGCAGUGGUAGGUGAUAUGAAUGGACCUGGGAAUAAAGUGGUUACACGUAAACAUGUGAACUGCCUGGAGAUCCCCCUUCAGACGAGUCCUUCACAUGGAGGUCGGCUGGAGUCUCAUAGAGAGAGGACAUUCUCCUCCUCAUCCACCACGUCUGGCCCCUCAGCAGCAUCUAACAACACAGACACCCCUACAAAGGCCAGAGAAGAUGAGAGUGUUAGCAGUAAGCCUGCAGUAAAAGACACAGCAAAGGAAAUAAGUGUUUCUCCGCUAAGGAAUACACAGGAGCAAACACCUCCCGCCGAACACAAGGAACUUGGAGAUUUUGAAGCAGUGAAAAGACUAGAUCCUACUUUCCCCCCAAGGUUCCCUGCAGUGAGUACAUUCAAACCACAGGCAAUUGAGGUUAAGUCGCUUUCUAAAGAAACACAGAAACAAGAGAGCCACACAAACAUUACAGGAAACAGCAGGCCUCAAACCAUUGAGGUUAAAUCUAUAGCUAAAACUUCUCAAAAGCCAGCAGUGCCUCCAAAACCAAGCUGCAAAUUUAAACCGGCAGAUUUGGGAGCAAUGUCAAGUGACACACAGACACCAUCAGCAACAACUGUAAGACCACAAGCUGAGGAGAGGCCUCAAACAAUUGUUGUGUCCUCACCGACAAUCUAUAGAAAGAUCUCCAAUGAGUCCACAUCCACUUCAAACUAUACAAGAAAACUGGCUGUGUCUGCAGUAUCCAGCCUCAAACCUCCAUCUUGCAAAGCAACAGCAACUACCAUCUCUAAUCUCUCAAACCAGUCAACAGCAUCAGAGACAGAGGCAUAUAAUGACAGAGGUCAGCAGCAAAAGCCAGGUUUCUCGCCUCAGAGUUCUAGAUAUACACAGAGACCCACAACCUUAGCUACAGCUCCGAUAUCAGCCACUGGGCCAGGUUUCACCUCAGCUCCGGGUACAGUCUCUGACCCCAAACCAAACCAUGUUCCUGGACCUGAAUCAGCGGUCGCCAACCAGCCAAGCCAGCCAGCUGUUAUGGAUCCAGAAAGCCAACCCCAGUAUCCCAGAUUGGCAUACCCUCAUGAACAAGCUAUGCCGGUAACUCCAAACAGUACAAAACAACCUGCAGCUGUUUCCACAACACAAGUGCCAGGAUACACACCCCAGCCAUGCUGCAGAUCCCUCUCCAGCGAGCGCUCCCAAAGGACAGAUGACCUGCUUUUUUAUGCGUCAGAUGACCCUCCAAGCUACGAUGAAAGAGAGAGCUUCAGUCCCCUCAUGCUCCCAGAUCUCAACCACAGGAGGUCAAAUCGCUAUCAACCCUCAUCCCGCCCCCCUCCCUGCUCCUGCACAGCUGGCUGCCCUUCCCACCCUGGUCUUACCCCUCCUCACCAUCACCACAGCCCCCAUAACCUCACCCCUCCUGCACCUCCACACUCUCCAGGACAGGCUUUGCCUUACUCAGUGGCUCAGCCCGCUCUCCGUCUCCACCAGUGCAGACCUGACGCUCAGCCACUGAGCUACCAGCCCGGCUCUCCCAAAUUAAGUCCACUUGGUCCAAGCCAGCCACCGACCAUGUACCAGCCUCUCCACCAACCUCCUCCCUGCCCCCCCCACCCCUCACUCAUGCAGACCUGCCCUGCUGAUCGCCCGCUGUAUCCCCCCCAGCAUAUUGACCCUCGACGACCCCCUGUCCACAGAUCCCCCCAGCAACAGCCGCCAAGCAUGGCUGGUGCUCCUUACAGCGAUCCAGGCCACAGUCACUCUCCUGGCCUACCUCCUAUGGAUCCCCAAUACUUGUGUGGCCCUCAAAGCCUGGGGCCGUCCUAUGGCUCUGAAUAUGGGGGUGAUAGCUCCAGUUUGUACUCAGAGAGUAGCUAUGGACAGACACCUCGCAGAGUACUCCUGGAUCCUGAGACAGGGAAGUAUUUUUACAUUGAGGUGCCUAUGCAGCCACUGAGAAAAAUGUUGUUUGACCCAGAGACAGGCCAAUAUGUGGAGGUGCUCAUCCCGCAGCAAGCAAUGUCACAUUCAAGCCUGUAUCCUCCCGCAGCAGCCCCCUACACAUCUCUCCACAACCCCAACAUGUACGCUCCUGCUCCACAGUACAUGCCCUAUGCAGCUCCUCCUCCCCAAGCCCACCCCCAGGCCCAGCCGCCUCAGCCACCCCGAUAUCCUGAGGCCUCUGUCGCUGCAACAAUGCACCCAGGUGGGCCUGGGGUCCACUACAGGAAUCCCUCUGGUCAGUCCAAGCCAGAUCCCCAGAGCCAUCCACCGCUCGACCAGAGUUACCUGGACAGCAUGUAUUAUGUCCCCACAGGGAUGAAUGCAAGCCCCAAUCCCACCCCACCAGACUAUUACCACAAACAUCCUCCCAACCGUCCCCCAACAGGGGGGAAAAGGUCCUGA